UCUUUUCAUGGGGUACCUUUUACUUCUAAACUGCCACAGGACCGUGAAUGUUUUGAUACUGUAUUUAAGGGCAGUUGGUCUGGUCUUUAUACAGUUUAGGCCUGUUUUCAGGGGUUUUUUCCUUUUAAUAAACUUUUUUUUUUUUUUUUUUUUUUUUUUGCGACGGGGUCUCGCUCUGUCCUCUGUCCCAGGCUGGAGUGCAGUGGUGGGAUCUCGGCUCACUGCAACCUCUACCUCCCGAGAUCAAGCUAUUCUGCCUCAGCCUCCUGAGUAGCUGGAAUUACUGGCGCGCGCCACCACGCCCGGCUAAUUUUUGUAUUUUUAGUAGAGACGGGGUUUCACCAUGUUGGCCAGGCUGGUCUCGAACUCCUGACCUCGCGAUCCGCCCACCUCGGCCUCCCAAAGUGCUGGGAUUACAGGCGUGAGCCACCGCACUCAGCCAGUAGACUUUACCUUUUAGAGCAGUUUUUGGUUUGCAGCAAAAUGGAGUGUGGUGUGUCCUGAAUUCCCCCCUUAGCCUCCUGCCCCACAGACACCCCUCCCAAGUGGAGUCCCUCAGGGACCCAUCACCCACAUCGGGGUGCAUGCCUGGUGUGUGGGGGGAUGAGGAACCCCAUGAGAGCAUCACACAGUGCAGCUCCACUCCCUGAAGACCCUCUGCUGGGCUAGAUUUUAAAUACUUUCUUUCCAUAGCAAGUGGAAUCUUUACCUGGAGAACUCUGGAGGUGCCACUGUGAUUGUAGUUUGCUGGUUCACGUUUGAAUUAAACACCGUCUGUCGUGCCGGGCCUGUGCCUGCACCCCGCUGGCUGGAAUGUAGCCUGGGUAGGCGAGUGGCCCACAUGCAGCGGUGCCAGGUGCUGGUGAGCCCAAGCGAAGGUGGACUCACCAGCCCCAGCCACGGAGCAGGUGCCAUUUCGUUGCUGAAAACACUUGUUUGUGCCAGGAAAUGAGAAAAGAGGAGUGUUUGUGUCAGUAGUUGUCAAUCUUAGCUGACCUGAACGGGCUGGGAUGAGGUCCUGGCAUCUGUGUUUAGUGUUCACGUUGUUUGUACGGACCCUCCUGAACAGCCCGGGCUAAGGACAGUGCAUGUGGGCCCCUGAUCAUAGGCUUAUGAGGAGACCUCUUACAUGACCUGAAGGGCAGCCUUGUUUCCAGAAUUUUCUAUUAACCUCAACGUAGUAUAAAUACACACCAGCCAGGCUACAUCGCAUUUUAUUGUUGUAUUGUAGAUGCUUUUGUUCUUUGAAAACUGAGCUGUUUAAUUGGUUUAGAAAGAGAUUCGCUUUCCUCCUUAGAUGGAACUACUAAUUUUAUCUGUGGAAGAAACAAGUCUUUGAUGCAUGACGUUUAUAGCGAUACGUUUUUAAUGCUGGUUGAAUUUGUCACUGAACAUUUAGCAGCUCCCAAAUGGCACGGGUUGUGAUAGCGCCUUCAACCUGAUUGUUCUUCAGGGAUCAAGGCAAAGGUGUCAGUAGGCACUAAACCGUAGAACGCGAGCCUUCCUGUGGGUAGAGGGGCCAGUUAUAGAGCUGUGUGAUGGGGAACUUUUAUGUCGUUCAAGAUUCACCCUGAUGCCUGCUGUGCCUAGGGAUUUGUAUAUAAAUAUUUGCCCAAUUUGCCGGGCGCAGUGGCUCAUGCCUGUAAUCCCAACACUCUGGGAGACCGAGGCGGGCAGAUCACCUGAGUUUGGGCGUUCAAGACCAGCCUGGCCAACAUGGAGAAACCCUGUCUCUACUAAAAAUACAGAAUUAGCUGGGUGUGGUGGCGCAUGCCUGUAAUCCCAGCUGCUCCGGAGGCUGAGGCAGGAGAAUCGCUUGAACCCAGGAGGCGGAGGUUGUGGUGAGCCGAGAUCACGCCACUGCACUCCAGCCUGGGUGACGAGAGGAAACUCCGUCUCGAUAAAUAAAUAAAUAUUUGCCCAAUGAUUAACCAGCAAAAAUGGAUCUCCCCCAAAAUCAACAGGUGUUCCUUGUUUUGAGCCACUUCUACAGUGACGAGGGAUUUGUCAGUUUUGGUUUUCAGUGAUGAGUCCCUGGUCAAGGGUGAAUUUUCACAGUGAAACGGGGAGUGAUGAGCAUUCUGUUCUCUUAAGCCCUCUAGACAGCAGGCCCUGCUGGCCACAUGUGACAUUGUGAGGUCACCCGGCAGGGGCACGGUGUGGCUUAGCUCGGAAAGCCUGGGCUUUGGGGUCACACGCCACCUCUUACGGGGCCCGGGACACGUUACUGAACCUCUCAAACCUUGGCUUGGAGCCUUUCAAACCAGGAAUGAAGACUGAGUCAGCAGCGGCAGCUGUCACCUCGCUGUCAUCCGCUGAGACACCGUCCUUGUCUUUCCGGGGUAGAAUUCCGUGUGGAUUCCCAGCUCUGCCUCAGAGUACUCCAUGGGUGUGUCGCUGCCAGAGAAGUCACAUUCCCCAAGUUACGCUUUUUGUUUUUUGAGACAGUCUCGCUCUGUCGCUCAGGCUGGAGAGCAGUGGUGUGAUCUCGGCUCACUGCAGCCUCUGCCUCUUGGGUUCAGGCAAUUCUCGUGCCUCAGCCUCAUGAGUAGCUGGGAACUACAGGCGCCCGCCACCAUGCCUGGCCAAUUUUUGUAUUUUUGUAGAGACAGGAGUUUCACCAUGUUGGCCAGGCUGGUCUCGAACUCCUGACCUCAGGUGAUCCACCCGCCCCGGCCUCCCAAAGUGUGGGGAUUAUAGGUGGGAGCCAUAGCACCCAGCCAUUUUUUAAAAUGCCUUUCUGUCAAUAAAUAUAUGUAAUUGCACAUUUACAUUUAAAUAUUUAUGUAAAAUGUAUAAUUUGGUGAGGUCUGACAUGAAUGAACUAUGACCAGUCAAGACAUGGAAGAUACCACAGCUCUGCGGGGCUCUGCAACCAGGCCUCCUCACCCCCCCUCCCACCCCACCCCAUCCCUGGCACCCGUGCAUCUGCGGGCUGCACUCAGGUGAGGUGGCGUUUCCUGGAGUUUUACAUAUGUGGAAUCACAGUGUGUGCUUUCUGUCUAACCGCUUGAAUUCAUUCACCACGGAGGCUGGGAGACUCCUCCAGAGCGUCCGCGGUUCCUUUUAUCGCUGAGUGGUUUUCCCUGUGUGUCUCCAGUACAGUCAUUUAUCCCUUCAGCUGUUGGGUAAAUUUACCAAAAGAUACUGUUUGUUGGCUUAUUUUUAAAUAUUCUAAUGUUUAUUUUAGCCUCGGGCAGGUGUGCAGGCUUUGUUGAUUUAUUUUUAAAUAUGCUAAUGUUUGUUUUAGCCUCAGGUCUGUGUGCAGGCUUGGUAUAUAGGUAAACUCGUGACUCGGGUUUGUCGUACAGAUCAUUUCAGCACCGGGUACCAAGCGUGGGUACCUGACAGUUUUGUUAAAAUGGUUUUCUGAGCCUCUUCCUCUUCCCUCAGGCCGGCCCCAGUGUGUGUUGUUGGCCCCUCUCUGUCCCUGUGUUCUCAUCAUUCAGCUUCCACUUGGAAGUGGGGACGUGUAGUGCCCGGGAUUCUGUUCCUGCGUUAGUUUGCGAAGGAUAACGGCCUCCGGCUCCAUCCAAGUUCCUGCAAAGGGCAUGAUCUCGUUCCUUUUUAUGGCUGCAUAGUAUUCCGCGUUGUAUAUGGACCACAUUCUCUUUAUCCAUCUGCCGCUGACAGACCCCAGCUUGAUUCCACGUCAGUGCUGUUGUGAGUGGUGCUGCAGUGGGCAUUUGAGUGCGUGCGUCUUUAUGGUAGAACCAUUUAGAGUCCUCUGGGUAUAACCCAGUAGUGGGGUUGCUGGGUCGAAUGGUAGUUCUGUUUUUAGUUCUUUUAAGAAUUGCCAGACUGCUUUCCAGGAUGGUUCAACUAAUUUGCACUCCCACCAGCAGGUACAAGCUUUCCCAAGAGAUGCUGUUUUAACUCACAGCCACAGCAGUUUAAGGUGAAGGAGAGGGAAGGAAUUGGGAACCCAGCAGGUUGGUGUCCCUGGAUGUGUGCCCCGCAGAAGUCGGGCAGCAGUUUCUGGUCCGCGUGGUUACGCUAGAGAGCAGCUGACCUUGCCCCGGGGAUGGCGCUGGUUGUGGUCAUCACCUGAUUUCUCCAGACUUCUCCCUGCUGGGAUGAAGAGUCAGCUCCCAGGCCAAUGGGAUUAUCAGGGCACUUCGGAGCCACCAUCCAGGCCUUGAGGAGCCUCAGCCUUGGCUGUAGUACUUGUAGAUUUGCAUUUAGAAACUUGAUGUGGCUGAGACCGCAGCCCAGAAGGCUGUGACCUGCAGCAGCCGCCCACCUGUCUGCCUGCACGGUCGUGGGUCUGGCUCCUCCUGCCACGUGGUUCCUCCUGCAAUGUGUUUGCGUGAUUUUUUUUAUUGCGGCCUCUGAUCUCCUUUUGUGUUUUCAGUCAUCUAAAGAGAUGUUUAAAAGGAAAAUGGUCUAGUGUGUGCUGUGCACACCGUAGCCCAGGGCCUAAGAGGAGCGUCUUGUGAAGGAGCUGUAGUUGCCGGCUCAGGUCCCUUCUCGGAGUGACUGCUGGCAGAGCAGAGCAGGCCUCAGCCGCCCCUACAGGAGCGUCCAGCCAGCCCUGCAUCGGGGCGUGAGUGCGCUUUAGCUCGCGGCGGUCGGCAGAGGGGUCCUUGUGAAAUCUCCUCUGGCUCCCUGUCCCGAGGCACCUAUGUGUGUCUUGAGUAUUUCCUCUUCAUCCUUCAUGUGUCCCUGACAGCUGAACGCGCAAGCCAGCUUCCUUCUGCCAAGAGAGAAGGGCAGGAUUCGCCCCAUGAGCUCGGUCUUUCUUCAUUUGACAUCAGCAGUCUCGACCACUACUUCUAAUGCUUGCGUUUCUGUGUUCUGCUUUUUAAUGUUUUUGUAAGAGGAGCAAAAUCAGCUAGAUUGUUUGCCCAGACCCUUUGCUCUGUGGAUACAGAUGUUUUGGCCGGCAGAGAGCACCAGCGCUCGCUGGCUCUCAGCGCCUGUCAGCAGGCAGAAGCCGUUUCCCUAUCUGGAAGGCACGUCUGGGUGUCCUCACAGCACGGCCAAUAGUGUGCAGCGUGCAGAGCCGGGCCGGGAGAAGGCCCGGCCAUGCCCAGCUGCCCCCCACUCUCCCCAGCCUCGGGCCUGAGAGGGUACCUGUCCUGGCUUAGUCACCUGGAAACCAAAAUCCUUCGCAGCUCCCAGAAUUCUCCAGUACAGGAGGAGAAGCCGUCCACGUUCGGAGCCGCCUUAGAUGGUUUGCCCGUCACUGGCAUUCCUGGACCUGGAAACGGGUGCCCCCAGCCAGGCCGGGGACCACUGUAUGCCCAGAAUUCUCCUCCCAUCCUUUUUCCCCUUGCCCGGCUCACAGCUGCCCCGGGAAGAAGGGAGCCAGCCGCAAGGCGCAGUCCAAGCCAGGCCAGGGGCCGUGACCAUUGGCAGUGCCCCCCAGAACAGGCUCCUCGUGCAGGAAUAUGGGUCACUGCCUUCCAGGGAGUCCUUCUUUUCUUCUGGUAUCUAAGUGGCCACCUCUUGCUUUACCUCAGACAGAAGCAUCCAGAACGCUGUGGUAUCGGCAUAAGCAGAAGCUGGUGUGGUGCUUGCUCAGAGUCGGUGCAUGCAGUUCUGCCCAUGGCUCCACUGUCAGCAGCAUGAGGCCGGGUGUGUCUGGGAGCUUGUUUUUCCAGAGUGCCCUGUGCCAGACGGCUCCCGGCCUCCUCUGAGUCAGUCACGGCCCUGCAGGACUGGAAGUAGGAUGGCCGGUCACAGAGUCAGUGGUCCUGUCGAGGCUCCUGCUGUGGUGUUGGGGUACAUGUCCCAGAGCAAGCACGCGGAGGCCCGGGAGCUCAUGUACUCGGGAGCCCUGCUCUUCUUCAGCCAUGGCCAGCAAAACAGUGCAGCAGACUUGUCCAUGCUGGUCCUGGAGUCCCUGGAGAAGGCGGAAGUGGAGGUGGCUGACGAGCUGCUGGAAAAUCUGGCUAAAGUGUUCAGCCUGAUGGACCCCAACUCUCCUGAGCGCGUGGCCUUUGUGUCCAGAGCCCUGAAGUGGUCCAGUGGGGGCUCUGGGAAGCUAGGCCACCCCCGGCUGCACCAGCUGCUGGCCCUCACCCUGUGGAAAGAACAAAACUAUUGUGAGUCGCGAUAUCAUUUUCUGCACUCAGCGGACGGGGAGGGCUGUGCCAACAUGCUGGUGGAGUAUUCCACGUCCCGCGGCUUCCGCAGCGAGGUGGACAUGUUCGUGGCCCAGGCCGUGCUACAGUUUCUCUGUUUAAAAAACAAAAGUAGCGCAUCGGUGGUCUUCACGACGUACACCCAGAAGCACCCGUCCAUCGAGGACGGGCCUCCAUUUGUGGAGCCGCUGCUCAACUUCAUCUGGUUCCUGCUGCUGGCUGUGGACGGUGGGAAGCUGACGGUGUUCACUGUGCUGUGUGAGCAGUACCAGCCAUCCCUCCGGCGGGACCCGAUGUACAACGAGUACCUCGACCGCAUAGGACAGCUGUUCUUCGGCAUCCCGCCCAAGCAGACGUCUUCCUACGGAGGCCUGCUCGGGAACCUUCUGAGCAGCCUCAUGGGCUCCUCAGAGCAGGAGGAGGGGGAGGAGAGCCCCAGCGACGGCAGCCCCAUCGAGCUGGACUGAACUGGCCGGGUCACGUGGAGACACCACGGUCGACGACGGCUCGAGGGACGUUUCAGAGGCGAGUCCUGGGUGGCUCCUCGCCUGGGGGCUCCUGGCCCUGAGGCUGGCGGUGGCCACAUGCCGGCGCGUGUCUGUUUCUGUGCGGCGGCUCAGGGUGGCGCGGCUGCCAGUCGCUGUGCUGCUGGGACCCAAGAGUGGGGCGUCGCCCCUGCUGGCCGCCGCAUCCCCCGAGAUUGACCCACAAUAAAGCACAGGCCUUACCGCGGCGUCACCCUCUCCCACUCCUUUGUUCUGGGUCCUUUCGGGAGGGCUGAUGGGUGGCACAGGAGGCCCGACCUCAGGGGGGCUGGGCGCAUCACGCUCCUUGCCGGGCGUCCAGCACAGCUGCGGUCACCAAAGCAGGUGCUGCCCUCGGACCUGAGAGCCCAGCCAGGACCUAUGUGGUCUACAAAUGGGAGCGGCCGUUUGUGAGCACGGGCCUCUCUGCAGUCACGACGGACUGGUCCCCAUCGCAGAUGGAGCGCAUGUGCCCUGCGCCACAUCCUCACGCUCGCUGGAGGGACGCGUGUGGCGGGACGGUGCCCACGGGUACUUGCAGCUGUGUCCCAUGUGGCAUCCCAGAGCUGCGCCCUGCUGGUCUCUGUGAGCGCCACGCUGCUGUGCUGGAAAUGCCGCUUUAAAAAGGGAUACCGUGGGACUCUGCCCGUCUCUUUCAUAACGCAAUAUUUAUUUGUAUUGGGUGAUGAUUGAUUCUUUUGACCUAACAUUUUAGGUUUUAACCAAAUAACCGGUCCAGGAGUGAGCAGCUCCGUUCUGUCACAGAUGCUACUCCAGAUGUUACCAGAACAAUGGCAAAAGGGGAGACGCUCUAUUUUUUCACAGUUAAAUGACAGUUGUAGAUUGAUACGCAGUUGUGCAUGGGAAGGGGAAACGCACAGCUUUAUUUACUGUAAAGUGGAAUUUAAGGAAGGCUUGUGUGAACUGUUGCACAUAAAUAAACCCUUUCUACCGGGC